AUGGAUCAUAUUAUCAAGUUCUUCCUCUUGCUGUUUCUCUUUGGGUUAGUGAGUAUUAGUUUUGCGGAAAAUGAUUUCGGACAAUGUGAAAGAGUUGUUAAGAGCUGGGCGAGUUCUUCGCUUGAUAGAGAGAUUAGACAGAAAGAUAAGCAUACGCUUAAGGAUUUGUUAUUUUUCUUGCAUGUUCCGAGAACGGGAGGGCGCACUUAUUUUCACUGCUUUUUGAGAAAAUUGUAUCCUGGUUAUUUGGAAUGUCCUCGGUCGUAUGAUAAGUUACGCUUUGAUCCAAGCAAAGAAAAAUGUAGACUGUUAGUUACACAUGAUGACUAUAGCAUUACGUCUAAACUUCCAAAGGAUAGAACUUCUGUGGUUACCAUACUUAGGGAUCCGGUUGACCGUGUCUUUAGUACUUAUGAAUUUUCAAUGGAGGUUGCAGCUAGAUUUUUGGUGCAUCCAAACUUGACAUCUGCAACACAGAUGGCUUUACGCUUGCACUCUAAGGCGAAAGGAAUAAGCACAUUGGCUAUCUGGCCGUGGAAGUAUCUGGUUCCGUGGAUGAGAAACGACCUAUUUACUAGGAGGGCUGCUAGGUAUAGUAAGGGAUUGAAUGCCACUGAUAGCAGUGAUCCCUAUGAUAUGGAAGAUUUUGCAAUGCCGUUACAAGAAUACAUCAAUCAUCCUGUGGCAUGGGAUAUUGUACAUAAUGGAGCCACAUUUCAGGUUGCAGGUUUAACAAACAACUCUUAUAUAGCAGAAGCACAUGAUGUGCGUCAUUGUGUACAGAAAUAUAAGAUUCUCGGUAAAUAUGUGCUACAAGUUGCAAAGAUGAGACUGGACGAUAUGUUAUAUGUGGGUCUUACUGAGGAGCACCGAGAAUCUGCGACAAUGUUUGCAAAUGUUGUUGGUUCUCAGGUUAUAUCACAGCUUAAUGCACCAAACACCAGCCUGGAUACUAUUGAAAAUAUAGAAAAGAGUUCAUUUUCAGAUGCUGAUUCUGACAGCAGUGAACAUCAGAAUAUCACCUCGGACAGGGGAGCAAGUAAGACCACUUCAAAUGAAAGUGGAGAAGCAUCAGAAUCAACUAUGACUGUUGGGAAACUCAUGGAUUCUUAUGAAGUCUGUAUUUCUAAUUUACGGAAGUCCCAGUCUAGUCGGCGCAUUUCCUCUUUGAAGAGGGUUCCGGUGAACUUUACGAAGGAGGCACGGCAUCAAGUUCCUGAAGAUAUUCUCAGGCAAAUACGGUCUCUUAAUGAUCUUGACUUGGAGCUCUAUGAAUAUGCAAGAGCCAUUUUCAAUAAGAAACAUAGAGGCUCAUUGCUAAUUACUGAGGAGAGAUUGUACAACAUAUCAACUAGCGCAUUUGGCUUCAUCCUCUGGAAGUUUCUUACAGUAGCAAUAACUUUCUUCUUCGUCCUUUUCUUAUUCUUACUGAUUGUAAAUGUGAGAAGAAGAACGUUUAAGGUUAAGAAGUAA